ACAAGGUAAGCAAAAUUUUUCUUCUUUUUUUCUACCCCCACCCCCUUAAAACAACAAAAGCCGACAUCAUUUUUGUGGUAGAUACGGGGAUUUUAAGGGAUACGUAAUAUAUCACAAGCGGCCAUCUCAAAAGCUUACAGAACGUAGAAAAUGUCUCUUUUAAUCCACGCUUCAGGUGCCUAGGACCGUAGUUGGCUUCGUAUUGCACUAUUGUACAUCAUGUGAUCCAGCAGCAUGUCUUCAUUGACUUUAAUUUGUAUUAAUUACACUGUCGUACAUCAUGUGAUCCAGCAGCAUUACUUGAUAUAUGUUUUUAUAAAUAACAAAAUAAUGAUAAUGAUAUUGCAAAAAGCGUUUAUAAGAGAUGGGGGUGUAACGAAGGUUAUUUAUUGUUAAGCUUUUUAACUUCAUUAAUGAAUUGAAGGAGUGUUUUUCAUGCUUGUUUGAAACAGUUUUGUUUUGUUUACUGUAUAGGAGAAUGUUGGUGUUCGUCCGGUACAAGGAAGAGGUUCGGAGAAAAGUGCAUUCAAAGUUUAAGUGUCUGAUUGUUUCAAGUUUACCGUAUUUGUAGUCGAGACGAUUUGCAGAUUCCUUAAAGAGAAGAUGGGCGUCGGAACGAAAGGGGGAGGGGGGGCAAAAUAAAAAAAAAAAACUAAUAAAAAUAUAUAUAAAAUCAAACAAACAAACAAGAAUACACUUCUUAAAAAAAAUAUCAGCUACAGUAUUCAGUCCUUUCGGGACAUAUUAAGAUUUAUUAAUAUUUUGAUAUAUAUAUUUUGCUUGUUUAUACUGAUCAAUAUACAUGUAUCAACCCGCCCCCCCCCCCCCUCCCUCCCCCAACCAUGCACCAAGUUUUAUGAUAGAUAGCGAAGGAUAUUGUAGGAGCUACAAUUAUUCUAUUAUGAACAUAUCUACCGGUAUAUCACAUGUAGUUUUAACACGAAGUAAGAAGUAAAAAGACACCAUGCUGGCAAGCAUGAUCACAUGACAAUUUAUGGUACAAGCACUGUAUACUGUAGAUCUACCAUAACUUUGGUGGUUUUCAAGGAUCUUCGAUGGAGAUUGAAUUUAUGUUUUACAAGGAUAGGUUGUGAGAGAAUGAGGAAAACUCUACCUUUGUACAUGCAAGUCCUAAUACGCCAGUUUCGAGAAAGAAGCUCUCUUGUGUGGAGGUUCAGAACAACAGUAUGUAUCUCUAUCUGAGACAAGGAGAUUCAUUGGAGCUGAUAUCAGGUGUGGUUCUAAAGGAUGGUUAUCGACCAAUGGUUGGAGAAGUAGGAAAUGACCUCCAGUUAGAACCCGCCAUUUGGUUUAAAUCCCUCAUUAUCGAUGCCAUCUUAAUUGACUGUGACCGCCGUCAAGUUCGAUGGAGCCGUGCACGCUUGAAGCCGGGCCACCGGACCAGUGAGGAAAUUGAUGAUGUGUCUAUAUUGUGCGAACCAGACAAUGUCAUCAAAGCGAAACAUUUUGAUGCAUCUGUCUUUGAGGAUUAUGAUUAUAGUGAAUUAGAUCCAAAAGCGCAUGAAAUAUUUGAAGCAACAAAACAAUUGUUGAUAAGUAUGAAAAAGAGAGAAUUAAAUAAUGAACAAUUUAAAACAGAAUUACUGCGAUUGCUCCAUUGCUACAUCAUGCCUGCUAUAUCAUUGUCAACUGGUGACAUUGCAAAUCUUGAAAAUGCUCUUAGUCGUGUUCAUAACCAAUUACAGAGCAUUGACAAAAUUAUCCUGAAGAAAGACCGAGCCGUUCAGUUGACAGAAUCCUCGAUGGCAAAACAGCGAGAAGCAUUGUUAGAAAGGGAAGAUUUCUCUAGCGAAGCGCAUGUUCUGUCGUGUAGUUCUAAAUUCAUACCAGCAUUCGAAAAGCAGAUCAGGAAAGAUGUUGAAGAGACUUGGCAAAUCCUCGAGGUCAUUCAAAAGAAGGUGGACAAAUUGAAGAGGGAUAACGGCACUUCUGCCGAACUGAAUCAAGUCAGAAAGGAACGGGAUGGAUGCUAUGAAAAGUGGGAAAAACUCAAAGUGGUUCAGGAAACCUUGAAAGAAGUCCGACGUCGACCCAGGAAGUCCAGCAAACGGUUGUCAAAGCCAGAGACUUCCAAUAUUUUUCACAAAGUUUACAUUGAAAUAAACGAACGACUGCAAACAGAAAAGGAAGAAAUACAUAAACUCUGUUUGCACAAAGUGCAGAUUUCAUCUGUUCGAGAGGCAAUUGAGUUAUCACUAAAUGAGUUGAAGACUGAAGGCCAAACGGUCGGCUGGCAAAUGAAAUCUGAUGGAACUCCAGAAUAUGAUACUGAUGUGAUUGGUAUGAACUGCAAGCCAAAAGACUGGUACACCUUAGAGGAGACAAUUUCCUCCAUAUUAGCUGAUGUCACAAAUGCUGCUACACAAAAGCAUAAUAGAUUUUGUUCAGGAAUACGAGACAAGAUCGCAUCAACAUUGAAAGAAGGUCAACUUUUUGAAAACAUCAGCAAUUCUGAUGAAGAAAACCUUUCAAAUUCAUCAGGUUUCAUCAACAUUGAUCAUGAACUCCAACCAUCUGGGAAACACAGCGAGAACCGGCAGUCUACAAUAUAUAUUCCAGUGGAUCAAUCCCAAGAUGUUCCGAGAAGAAGAGAAGCACCUUACCAAUCUCUUAUUGAUACUGUGAAACGAGAAGUCAUUGAGCACACAGCUUCCACUGUUGAAUUGUUGUCUCAGAUUAUUCCUGAAUAUACAAGAUAUGGUGUCAGUCAACCAAACACAAGCAGUAAGAUUGCUAUUUGUUACCAAAAUCACCUGAGUCACAAAAUUGUAGAGCCCUUAGAAUCGUUGUUUGAAAAAACGUAUGGCAAUAUAUGUGCAAAUGUGUUUAACAAGGUGAAGGACAUGUCGUUUGAAGAACUUGGAAUCGAUGAACCAUGGAUAUGUUGUCUUAAUGAUUCAUCAUCACGUGUUCACGUCACAGAUGUCAAAGUACCUAUAGAGACUCAGUCAGUGACAAGCGUACGUUCCUUCACGUCUGGUCUCAGUUUGCUCUCCAUUGGAAAGAUGCCCAUUGAAGAGCUUUACCGCCGGGCAGAAAAUGAGUGCAUGGAAAUAAAGGAUGGCAUGGACUCUGGAGAGUUUACUAGUCUUGUUCUUGAUUCCGAGAUGACCUAUCCAAAGUUAGACUUGCUGAAUGGCAGCCCACCCAGAAUGAAUGGGGAUUAUACCUCAGCUUUUCAGGAAGCUCCCCCAUCUUAUGAAGAGUCCGCAAAAUCUCCUCCAUCUUACAAAGAACAGAGCACUGACUGUCCUAGGAGCCAAAAGGAAGAACGCUGUUUAUAUGACAUUUUACAGCCAGGAAUGGAUACGAUCCAUAACCUGGUGAGAGAGACCACGAUUACAGGAAAAUUAAAACUAAUCACCAAGACCUACCGAUUUGUUGGUGAACAAGUUUCUGUCUUGAAGUCUGCGGCCUCGCUUCAAGAUUUCAUGGGCUGUUGUGAUGAACUCCUCACUCUUCUCAUCGUCCUCCUCACGUACCUCAAUGAGGAAGAUUUCAAGAGACUCUAUAUUCAGAUGUAUCUGGUGCUGGACUUCAAGCCACAGUGUAUGCAGGGAGGGGUCCACGACUGCUCUCUUACAAACUUUUUUGCGGCAUUUCAGUAUCUCCAAGAUCGACUAGUCAUGCAGAACGUUAGACAAAGCAUCACAGAGGUUUAUGAAUUGGAAUGAACUAGAGCACUGUAUAGAUGGUUUUAUGCUUUUUUCAUGAGAACGUUAAAACACAAAGGAUUUGCUACAUGCCUUCAACAAUUUUUUUUUGGUCACUCAGGUGACCUAUUGCUAUUGGUCUGUGUCCACUGUCUUACGUCGUCUGUUGUGCAUCAACAAUUGGACAUUUUAGCUUCUUCUUGAUAGCUACCCUUCCAAUUCUCUUUGAAUUUGCUAUGAAACAUCUUUGGGACAAUGGGGCAUAAGUUGUAAAUUUCAGGACUUCUGCAACCCUGGGGCCUUAGGGGCGGGGCAAAAACUGACAAAAAUUGACAAAUUUUCUAAAUUCUUGUCUACAACUGUGCAUCUAAAAGAAAAACUAAAUGCAUAGUCAUGUAGCGUAGGAAGGCCUCUACCAAAAUUAUAAAUUUCAUGAUCCCCAGGGUAGAGGUUCUGAUUCUAGCUCAGGGUCAAACUUGGCAUAUAGUGUUUAUUUGUAAAAUACUUGAAUCAUAAUGACAUCUGAUUUAAAAAAAUAAUUUCAUUUCUAAAAAUACAUGAAGGUAUGAACUGUGAUGCAUCAUGAUAGCAUAUAAUUCCUGAAGCAUUGUUAGGAAAAGUAUUAUAGAUUUUCUAUCCUUCAUGUCUUUUUUGGGCUAUUGAUACCCUUACACUUAACUAAUACUCAGGUGAAUGAUAAGGCCCGUGGGCCUUUUAUUUUUAUUGAUUACAAACUUUUUCAUCAAAUCCAAGAACAAAUUUUGAGUUGAUAUUUUUAAGGCGUGUAUUUUUACUGGUGUGUUUUGUGUUGGGUUGUUUAUUUAUUAAUGACUUUACCUGUUGUGAUAUACCCAGUAUCUGUGCAUAUGUACAUACUUUACAAAAUCAGUUGUUCUCUUUAACCAAGCUCAAGGUUGGGAAUAUUUUACUUGUGAACAAAAUCUAGUUUAUGCAGCAUGAUUAUGUAAUAUAGCUCUACAAAUGUGUUGCGAUAAAAAUUGUAGAUUAUUCCCAAACUUUGAUGUAGGUUGUUGCAGAGAGAGAGAGAGAGAGAGAGAGAGAAGGGGCAGUCAAAUUUUUUACUUUUGAACAAAAUCUAGUUUAUGCAGCAUGAUUAUGCAAUAUAACUUUGCAAAUUUCUUGCAAUAAAAAAUGUAGAUUAUCUUCAAACUUAGAUGUUGGUGGCUGCAGAGAGAGAACACAGGCACCUGAAGUGUGUAUAACCUGUACAUAGAUCUUAUGUACACCCCCCCCCCCCUUCUACCUAAUAAAAAAUAAACACAGAACAAAUAAUUUAUCCAAAAUCUGUGAUUUCCCCACCGAUCACCCUCAUAAGUCAUUCUGAAUAUGUAUACAUAUAUUAGUAACUUACAAGUGGCCACAUCUGAAAACCUUACAGAAGGUAUAAACUGACUAUUCAGAAUGACUUAUGAAGGUGAUCGGCGGAGAAAUCACGUAUUUUGGAUGAAUAAUUAAUUCUAUAUGAAAAUUACCCGGUAAAUAAGAUUCAUUGUUUUGGGGUUUUUUAAAGGGGAGGGGGGGGGGGUAUCAUGUACAUAAGGUCUAUUCAAUUAAGCUAUGCACACUUCAUGUGCUUAUGAUGCAUAAUACUGAUGAAUAUUUAUAAUUUGCUUAAAAUUGUAUGUUUUUAAAUAAAAUGUUUGAAACUGCAA